AUCACAGAAAUAAAUUACAUUUUAAAGUAUAUUAAAAUAGAAAACAGUUAGUUUAAGCUGUACUAGCAUUUCACAGUAUAACUGUUGUUUACUGUAUUUUUUAUUUUAAUCAAAUAAAUGCAGGAUUGAUGAGAAUAAGAGACUUCUUUCAAAAACAUAAAAAAAACAGUAAUUUGUCCAAAUUUUUGACAAGUCCUGUAUGUGUCCUUUUAUUUUUUUUCCAUAGGAGAGCUGCUUGGUGUUGACUACCUCCUGAGUCAGACCGGACAGCCCCUGGUGGUGGACCCCGACUCAGAAGAGACAGAGAACAUGCUGGAGGAUGUGGAUGAAGGCGAGGAUGAAGAAGAUGGGGGCUUCGGGGAAGACCAUGACAUUACUCUGUCAAGUCUUACCGAUGACCCAAGCUUCUCUGUCUCCUCCCAUUUUCUGCCCUCCUCUGAGUCUCUCUCCUCCGCCCUGGCUGCUGCCUCCUCUGCCCAGCCUGCUGCCUCCUCCGCCCAGCCUGCUGCCUCCUCCACCCUGGCUGCUGCCUCCUCUGCCCAGCCUGCUGCCUCCGCCGCCCUGGCUGCUGCCUCCUCCGCCCAGCCUGCUGCCUCCUCCACCCUGGCUGCUGCCUCCUCUAACCAGCCUGCUGCCUCCUCUAACCAGCCUGCUGCCUCCUCCACCCUGGCUGCUGCCUCCUCCAUCCAUCCUGCCACCGCCUCCACCCUGGCUGCCGCCUCCUCCACCAUGGCUGCUGCCUCCUCUAACCAGCCUGCUGCCUCCUCUAACCAGCCUGCUGCCUCCUCUAACCAGCCUGCUGCCUCCUCCACCCUGGCUGCUGCCUCCUCCGCCCAGCCUGCUGCCUCCUCUGCCCAGCCUGCUGCCUCCUCCACCCUGGCUGCUGCCUCCUCUGCCCAGCCUGCUGCCUCCUCCGCCCAGCCCUGCCUGCCUCCGCCGCCCUGGCUGCUCCUGCUGCCUCCUCCGCCCAGCCUGCUGCCUCCUCCGCCCAGCCUGCUGCCUCCUCCGCCCAGCCUGCUGCCUCCGCCGACCCUGGCUGCUGCCUCCUCCACCCAGCCUGCUGCCUCCUCCACCCUGGCUGCUGCCUCCUCCGCCCAGCCUGCUGCCUCCUCCACACCAGGUGCAUCAGCAUCUCCUGAUGAGUCUGUGGCUUUGGAUAGUGUUGGUGUGCCAGGCAUGGACAGAGUCGACAGCCUAGCGGAGUAUCUGGUGGAGCUUAGGAACCAGCCCUCUCUGGUCCUCACCAACCAGCAGGUGAGCAAUAUAGUUGCUCUUUGGCAGAACCUGCUUGAUUAUGAUAAGCAAAGGGUGGUGUUUGCUGCCAGACACCAGAGCAGGCUGGACACAGGGAGGUUCAGGUCCCCCAAGAAGAGGCAGGAGUUCACUCCAGGGGUGGAAACUGUGAAGAGGCACGCACUCACCACCACAGCCCCACUUGCCCAAUGGCCAGAUUGUUGUCGCCUGAUAGAGAACAUUUUUGUAAAGCUCUGUGCCAUCCAUAAGAGUCCUAAAAAGAAGGGGACAAGCACAGUGUCCAGGUGGGUCCUCAUCUUGGAGGACUACAAGAAAAUCAGGCAGCGCAUUCUGGCCAAUGCUGCUGUUAUGCAGCAGACCACCCUUCAGCUGGUGGAUGUGAGUCACACAACAUUGGUUCAGUGGCACAACAAGAGAGUGAAAAGGCAGGACAGUGCAGUAUUGAUGCAAGGGCUGCAACUGCCAAGCCGCUUGUCUGUGGCGGCUGACCUCUACUACCUGCCAAUGUGCGCCCCCCGUCUGCGCCCCCCCAACCAGGUCCAGCUCAUCAAUACCACCUGCCCAGUAGCACCGUGGGCCAGGCACAGACAAAGAGGAAGAGGAAAAUACCUUCAGCCCCAGUGGUUUUGUCACCGCCAGCUGAGACACCUCAAACCCAGCGGCAACUCUUUCCCUGCUCCACCCCCAGGUGCUCAACUGGUGUUGCUGACGCCAAUGGCCUCACAGGGACUAACAGGGCCUCUCCUAGUUGCUGCUCCACAGGCUCUCAUGACCAGCCUCUCUUCUGCCCCUCCUGCUGCCCCAGUUCGAAAGCUGACACGCAAAGUACAGCACAACACAUGCAAAAAAUGCGGGCAGUUCAGGACAGCAGAGACUGGGCAUAGCCAGUACAAGGGCAUUAUAUACUGCCCCUCUGUAGAGACUGUGCCAAAGGAGCAGUGCAUCACUGAUCAGUCUUAG